AUGGCGGAGGACUCGGGCGCAGUGGAGCUCGAGGAAUUACGCGAGGCAGCGCGAAUAAGCAGCAUUUAUCAAGCUGAAAUUCGCAAAUUCCACAGAAACGCAAGCAUCUCCACGAUCGUCCACGGACUGCUCCAUUUGUCAGAAUUCGCAAGUGUCACAGCCGUCGAAUUAUUUCACCACAUCCAUCACGCCGUCAACAGAAUUCUCAGAGAGGAGAACCCAGACGUCCCGCAUAUCCCAGAAGAACGCAAUCUCCUAUUUUUCGGUCUCCCCAUAAGCAUGACGAUCAGUCUCCUUCUCUCCAUAAUGUGGUUUUUCUUUCACACUUUGAAGUGGAAGCUUCAGGUUGCGACUUCCGGCUGCGCCCUGGGCGGCACACUCAUGCUCCUGAGCGGUAUAUUCUCCAUGAGACACGCGGAGGUUCACAUAAACGUCGAAGAAGUCUCCGACGAGGAGCUACUCCUCCACCCGAUCUUCAUCCACAAUUUCGUCAUCUGCGUUUUGUCGAUCUUCGCACUAAUGCUGUACCUAAUCCACUUCUGGAUCCUCUACGACUGCUUACGAUGGGAGAGAAAAUACGGGGGAGAUGACAGCAGCAGGGUCUCCACUGAGACAAGCGGCGAGAGUAGCUCCAGCUAUCAUGGAAAAAGCUCUUCGGAGAAGAGUGGAGGCUCGGGCCAAUUGACACCUAUUCCUACGUGGGAUGGACUUCAUGUCAGGCGUCGAGCUGCUGAGUUCAUAAACGUCCAAGACGAGCCAGUGACCCUCUACUGCUGCUGCCUGGACCUCUGGCAUUAUCUGCGGCACGAUAAGACCCGACUCCGACCGACCAAUGAGUUCCAAGUCGUCCACGUCCUCUAAUUAACAAUUAACAGCUCAUCAAAUCGACGAAUGCCCAUGAAUGAAGA